AUGGCAUUGAAUGAUACUAUUAAGAUUCCGUUAGAACUCUUUAUUGGCUCUACCGCUACCUUUGGAGCCAUAAUAUUGAUAUGCAUCAUAGUGGUGACAGUGUACAUCAGAAAGUUCGCACAUGAAGCACAUCCUGGCACCGCACCCCGGUUCGUGAGUGGUCUGUGUUGCGCUCUGGUCCUCAUAACCGCUCUACUUCUUCCUGUUGAUGUUUUCAUGACUUCUUAUCAGAAGUUUCCUAAUGGAACUUGGCGGGACUGGGCUGCAGAUAACACGACACGUGCUGAGAUAAACAACGCUAUCCUGUACACCUACUACACGUGUUACAGCCUGCUUACUUUCUGUCUCUUCGUCCUCAUACCCUUCGCUUACUUCUUCUUUGAGGAAGGUGAUUCUGAAGACGAUGUUCCUGCAGCAGACAGACUGUGUUCAGCCUUCAAGUACAGCUUCUGCUUUGUCUUUCUGGUAGUGGCCCUCCUUCUCGUCGGGGCGUUUGUUCAGUUUGGAGACAUCCCUAAUUUCAACGGCACCAUCAUUGAUGAUCUCGAUUCCUUAGGGGAUCAGAUUAAGCGGAAAGGUGUGGAGUCUGCCCUAUCCUUCACGAUGGCAGUACUAACUUCACUUGGCUUGUUCGUGUACGUCAUCUACUCCGCUUACGGACUGUCCGCCUUCCCGUUCAACUUUGUGAAGACGCGCGGUAGUGCUGCGCGGGAGCUGAACAAGUUGCGGGUGGAUGAGAUAACCCGGGAUGAGAAGGAGAGACAACUUGCUUCCAAGUAUGCUGACGGUCGACCUGUUAUUCCCUCUGAUCGGAGACUCCUGCAGAAACUAGCCCGGGAUAAGGAGAGGUACAGUGAGCUCCAGAGGCUGGUUGAGUCGGAGCACGACAGCUGCUGGAACAAGAUACUCAUUUGCUGUAGACCUUUCAGUAUCGUACUUGGCAUCCUCCUCACCCUGCUGUCCCUUGCCUUUAUGGCGUCUGUUUCUGUUACACUGGUAGACAAGUACGUGUACUCCAACUACACCCUAGGAUACGUGCUGACCACUGUCCACUACAAGUACAGUCCCAUCAACUACCUCCUCACCUACGCUCAACUUGUCUUUCCACUGGACUACAUAAUUGUGCUGCUGAUUGUGUUUUACAUCGCGAGUUGUACUGUCAAUGGUAUCCGGAGAAUAGGAAUCUGGUUCUUUUGGAUCAAGAUGUUCGAGGUGGUCCCGAAAAGGACGAUGCCACAAGGACUGCUGCUUCUCUCUGCACUCUUUAGCUACGCUAUGGUGGCUCUCAACCAGCUUAUGUUGGUUGCUAUGCCAACUUACUCCACCUACGGCAGUCAGCAUUACAUGGUUCCCGACAACGGUACCAUGGUUAUAAAACCUUGCGACAACCAUGCUCCUGCAGGUGAAUGCCAACUAACGCAGCUGGCCUCAAUAAUCACCCGGUUUACAAUACAUGCUAACCUCUACGGUGCUCUGGUAACUUAUCUUCUCUCCGCAUUUGUUGCAGCCUACGUGAUUGGGUUUGUAGUAGCAGCGGUCAGACGGAAACGCUCCAUCCUGGAGAAAGCAGCAGGAAACCGAGAUGCUGAAGAUGACCCUCUGCUAAAUUUGUGAUCAGUAAACUCUCUCAGUCUCACAGUACAACACCAGAUCGAAUUCAAAUCGGUCGAGAUUUAACGGAAAUUAAUAAAAGCUAUUCUUAGACAUUUCAAUGACUGUGCUUAACCAUCCGUGAGCAAGAACAUUUGUUGAACAAUCUUGCUUUGAUUUCAAAAGAUCUGUCAUCCAAUUGCUUGCUUAUGAUAAUUGAUUUGAUUUCAGUACAGUUGAAAAGUUUUGGUUUAUGCAGUUGAUUUAAAUGUAAAUUAUGCAAUAUGUUUUUAAAAUCUUUUCCAUUUUCGUAUCAAAGCAAAAAAACUUGCAUGCUUUUUCAUUUUUAUUAAAUUAAUGCUAAAUUGUGUUAUCGAAAAGUUUAAUUGUUUCGCGAAUGAAUUCACUCUGUUAAUUGUAGGAGAUUUGUUAAUUACCCUACUAUGAUCCGUGUAUUUGUUUUAAAAUGUGAUUGUUAUUCAAGAUUUGUUUAACACAAUUAUUUUCUGUGACCAUGUUUUUUAAUGCGCUUAUUCAGUUUGCUUUUACUAAAGUUAAACUAUACAGAUUUACGAUUUGUUGACGGAUAAAACAGGAUCUAAGGAUCUUCCAUACCACUUUUAAUAGAACGCCAAUUAUACUUUC